AUGUCCACCACCACCGAGUUCCCGUUCUCGCUCGCUGCAACCAGUGGCAAGCUGGAGUAUAACGAGAAAGCAUUCAGGCUGGUCAAUCAAGGCAAAACCUUGUUCCGAGUCGCGCUUUUAAACGUUUUAUGGGCUAGACUCGACGAUAACAAAAAAGUCACCGUUACUAUUCUCGUACCAGCCGGUGAAAGACUGGCCUUGAAAGACCUAGAAGGCGAAAUAUCUUCGGACGCGGAGGCAGUCAAAUCGGCGGAGGAAUGGAUAACAGGUCUAAUGAACCGUGCUUAUGCGG